ACGGUAUGGGGAAGUAGGCGCUGACCAAAGUAUUCGAAUCGAGAUUUUAGAAAGAAGUCUAUAUACCAGCGCUUAUAGCUGCGAUAUAUAACCUGCGCUUUUCAAGGGAACGGCGUAUAUCUGCGUCAAUGACUUAGACGGGAUUCCAGUGUUUAGAUAUUGUUAUAAAUACCCACAACAAAAUAUUCUCUAUUAAAAAGUGAUACUUUGUCACGAGAGUGCAAAGCAUGUAUAAAGAAUUUGAAAAUAAAUGGAUACGAACGCCACAUAUUUGAGUUAAAGACGUUUUACUAAUUGAAUGAAACAAAAUUACUUGCAAGAAACUAUCCUUUCAGUUCAAAACUCAAAGCUAUAUUUUUAUGUGGACAAUCUUACAAGGGAAACCAUAAUAUGUUAAAAAUAACCACCACGACAUGCAAACUUUAAGUCACUCGCAGUGAAAUCAUGUGGACUAAUAGUACCUCGAAAUUGAAUAAGGGCCCGGAAUCACAAAGCCAGAGCCCAAUAUUUCUGGAGGGGAUGAGGGAUAGAGAGGGAACGGAACUGUUAUUUGGGACUAAAUGUUCUUAUGCAUCCGAUUCAGAGAGCAACAGGAGUUUUGGAGAUAUCUUGGAACCAAAGGGAAUAUGCAACGGUGCAAUAAGAAAUAGUUUGAAAAGAAAGAUUACGGAAAACAGGGAGAAGAGUGGUUUGGGGCAAAUAAAGAUAAACGAUGAUGACCCAAAGACUUAUCAGAUGUCGCCAGAAGAAGAAGAGAAGGACAGAAAGCGCCGAGAAAGCAACAGGAAGUCCGCCAAAAGAAGUCGGGAGCAGCAGAAACAGUCAUACUCUGAAAAUUUGAAGCUGAAAGAGGAAUUCGAAGAAAAGAAUUGGGAGCUUAAAUCAUCGAUGACAAAAAUGGAACAUGAGAAGAAGAAAAUAUUAGACGGUCUUCGACAGUUCUUGCCGGAAUAUGAGAUUGCGCUAGCGCUCCAGCGGGCAAUUGAACUUGAAUCUCAUUCAACAAGAGAAGAACAGCCGCAGACCAACACAGAAGAUAGUGUUGAAAUGCCAACGGAAGACAAUGAAAAUGUCGAUGUCCUAACAAACAAUGGAGGGAAUUACGAAAUUCCAAGCAAUUCUAUUCUUGACAAACUUGCCAUGGCUGAACCUGUAAAUGAAAUUUCGAGUGUUCAGUGUCCGACUGCGAUACCAGUGAUAAAUGUUAGUGAUUUGAAAAAGAUUUUAAGCUUGCAUAAGGGCACAAGCAACGGACAAAUAAUUGACUUUCAUCAGCAUAAAACUGGUGAAUCUUUUCUUAAAAUGCUUAAUGAUACAAAUUGAUUACAAAAUGUAUUUGAUUUGUAAAUAAAUUUGAUUUUUUUACAAUUUGUUUCUAUUAAUUAUCAUCUGUUAAUUCUUUUCUUUUUGAGACCUCGAGGGUCAUUUUUAUUUGCCCCGUAAUAGGGGCGAUUGUGUCGGAGCCAUCCCCGAGGGCCCUUACAUCAUUCAUAAACAUGCAAGAACAUUUAUUACACUGUAUAUAUGUAAUUAUCAAGUUUAAAUAACAAUUAAAACAGCAUUCACUAGCGGAUCCAGGGGCCGGGUGCACGCCUCCCCACUCCCUAAAUCGUCCAUGUUUACAUUUCAUUUCAUUAUAGGAGCUCAAUCGAAAUAAUUAAAGUACGCUCACAACACAUCAUUUCGGACUUAAUGAAUUGUUAAAAUAAUUUUUGAGGAGUACCCCUUUUCCCAAAUUCAAGUCAAAUAGUUAGCACCCUUUUUUACGCCCCUUAUUUACGCCCACAAUGACAUUAAAACCUUGCCCGUCCCUGGCCUUGGUCAGAAAUGUUUACUGAACUGGAACUGAAAUGUAUACUCAGUUUUUAUUUACUUAUCUAUAUGCCUGUACAUAAUUUAUCACAUCCUCCAAAAUUAAAUAUUUUGAUGCAAACAAGAAGUAUUUUCAUGUUAGUACAAAUAACAGUAUAAAUGCACAUCUACGAAAAAUAUAACAUCACGGAUGAUAUUAUUUAUGUCGAAUAAGUUACCUUUAUUACAAGUGACAAUUCAACUUAUCUCAAUAUUCUUUUAUUAUAUCAUAGUUUACAUGUAAGUAAAAGAAUGUGAAAACUCAAUAUAUCUACAUGAUAACACAGGUAUAAAGAGGUGGGUUAACGGCGGCUUCAAAAGUGAAAAUUUGCAAUUAAUGCAAAAAGAUAAAUUCUCCAUUGAUUGAAAACUUCCCUCAACGCGGGCAGGAUCGCAAAAUAGGCACACGUGGCGUUUCAUUAUCCGUCAUUAUAGUUUUGGGAUCCCAACUAAUAAUGUAUUUAUCAUUCAUGUAUGAGAAGGAUGUGUUCUAAAUUUGUGUCAGUGAAAGCCUAUUAUUAAGAAUAUAAUGCGCCUUCAUAGGAACAGUUAUGGCGCUUUUAAUAUGUCCACCGGUCAGCAAAAGAAGCCAUCUAUCGAUAGAACGUAGUCACAACCAUUGGUCAUCGUCUGUUGGGAGUAGCAAGGAACAACAAUUUAAGAGGUGUCCUGUGUCAGAGCAUUUUAAACCAAGUUUUCAUCUACCUGUGACUAGAAAGGAGAAAGAGAAAAACAGGAAACAUAAUGCUAAUGCUAAUACAAAAGCCAUUCUUGAAGGAAUUCAGAAACACAAGAGUGAUAUUAAGACACCUGAACCACUUAGGAUAGCUGGAUCACCAGGAAGCCUUAGCGACCCAGGCUGUUUGACAUCCGAAUCAGUUGUACAAUCAACGCCUAGACCUUCGUUACCGACGUUUCUUGAAAAUGAAACUCUUGACUCUACCGAUUGCAUACAAAUUCAUAGUAGUUCGGCGGAUUCUAGUCCGUCCAGCUUUGAGGAUAGCGAUGAAUACCUUGCACCUACUUUAUUCUUAGAUGUUGAAGAAAAUUUUAGAACCGAAUAUCUUAAUUUUAAUAACAAAGAAGGUGAAAGCGUCAAACAUUGCAACUAUGUCAAUUUAAUUAAGGAAACGGGAAUCAGAUGGAAGAACUCGUCAUUGAACAAUGAUGGUGAGUCAGGGGCAGGCACGCCGCUACCACUUUCACCAAUGAUUAAAGAAGAACUUAAACUUAAGAUACAACUCCGGAGGCUAACUGAAGGGAAAUCAGAAUUGCCAUUUAUACAUGCAGGUCCGAAGAAAACGACGUAUCAGCUUUCUGAAGACGAAAUCCAACGCAGAGAAAGACGAAUGCAACGUAAUCGACAAGCUGCAAAAGAACACAGAAAAAAGAAACAACACAGAGAAACAGAAUUGAAAAAGGCUGUGAAUAAACAGAUCGAAGAACACACGAAACUCCAACAGGAGGUGGCAACUCUUUUGAAACGACGUGACCGGUUAAAACACCUGCUGGAUAACCAUAUGGAAACGUGUACAAGAGUCAAACUCUAAUGAUAAAAACGCUUACUUUGCUAUUAUUCUCUGUAUUAUUUUAAUCCACCCAUGUUAUACAGCUUUCGUAUACAAGAGUGUAAUUAUGACAGUAUAAACUAUCUAGUAAUGUUCGAUUAAAAACAGAUUAACCAGCGUUCGUGUACAAGAGUCAAAUUUUGUUUUAAAAAGGACUUCCUGUGCUACUAUUCUCUAUAUUAUUUCAAUCAAAACAGAUUAAACAGCGUUCGUAUACAAGAGUAAAAUUAUGACAAUAUAAACUAGUAAUGUUCAAUUCACUACAUAUUAACAAGCCUUCGUGUACAAGAGACAAACUCUUAUUUAAAGAAGACUUUCUUUGCUAUUAUUCUCUAUAUUUUUAGCGUUAGCGUUCGUAUACCUAGGUCAAAUAUUGACAGUAUUAACUAUAUGAUAAUGUUUUAUUCACUACAGAUUAAACAGCGUUCGUGUACUAGAGUUAAAAUUUGAUGAUAAGAACUUUCUCUCCUACUUUUCUCAGUAUUGUUUCAUAAAACGCAGAUUAAACAGCGUCCGUGGAUA